UUUUUAUUGUUAUUAUUGCACACACACCACGCAAAUCCGUUACUCUAUACACAGUGAUUUGCCAUAGAUCCAAGAUAAAUACGUUACUCUAACUAGACAUCUCUGUCCGGAACAUAUAUUUUACCAUCUUUUUUAUGGCUCCCAUGCACCUAGCAUAAGAAAUCCUUCACCUCUGUUUUUUCAACUCUCCAAAUACAUAAAUCUUAUUCUCACACAAACUAGAAUUCACACCCACACAAGCAAUCUCUGAAGUGAGAUCCUCAUUCCCAUCGAACCCAAGCACCAUCAUGUUAAUUAAAGGGCAUCAAAUUAAGGUACCAAUGGUCCUAAAUUUGAUCCUUGUUCUUUUUUAUGUCACUGCUCAAGUCAACGGCGUUGAAUCAAGGAAACUUGAUGAGACCACGAUGCCACCUGCCACAAACGGUACUGAUGAAAAGUGCACGCCGUGUGGUUACAGCUCUCCACCGCCACCACCGGCAAACCCACCGCCAUCACCACCACCGCCAUCUCCGAAGAAACCACCUUCACAGUAUUGCCCCCCACCGCCCUCAUCAUUCAUAUACAUAACCGGACCUCCGGGGAACUUGUAUCCCGUUGAUGAGAAUUUCAGUGGAGCAAGCCACCGCCACCACCACCACCGGAGUUUCGCCGCGUUCUUUCCACUUUUAGUUGGGGUGUUGAGCAUGCUUGCCUUUUGGUGAUUAUCUUGUGAAGAAGGUAAUAAUCACGAUCAUGAUCAUGAUCAAAUCAUUCUAAAAGCAAUGGAAGAAUGUUACGGUUUAUGGUUAUAAUUAGGAAUAUCAUGGUUUUACUUAGAGGAGAAUUUUGUACACAGUAAUUAGUGUUUGACAUGCUUGCUCUGUUCUUAUAUCAUGUGAUCAAUUUUUAUUCAAUAAUAAGAAUCUUCUUCCGUAAUUUACU